CACCUCCACUCUCUUUCUUUUCUUUUUCUUUCUUCUUCGCCGCUUCUCACCCAUUCCCUUCUUCUCUUUUUUUUCUAUUUUCCUCUCCCAGUCUCCCUUCUGAAAUCACCCACAUGCCACUGCCGAUUUUUUCUCUGUUCUUCUUUCUUUCUUUUCUUCUCUUUUUCAUUCUUUUCCUUUCUUCUUCUUCUUCUCUCUUCUUCUUUAAUUCCUUUUCCUCCAUGUUUUGAUCUUUGUUCCGUCACCCAAUAAUUGGGAGCAGCGAGCAGAGAGAGGCGGGCAAGAAGAACCAGAGAUCGAAGAGCAGAUCUAUGAAAUCCCAUGGUACAUACGUGAACCAGAGAGAGGCGGGCAAGAUGAACCAUGGUCAGAUCUGUUCCUUUUUCGACAUAAUCUCCAUCAAUUUCAUAGAUCUAUAAAGCUUUUGUUACUCCUAGCCUUGCCCCAAGCCGUCAAAACCUCGGAUGGAAGAGAUUAGAUCUACGAGGGAGGGGGUUACGGAAGGGAUGGCGGCAAGAAGAACCACCGAAGUCAUCCGAUGGUUCCAGAGAGUCGGCGGCAGCGGCUGUAAAGAAUCGCCGGCUGUGGUAGAGAAUCGCUGGCGGUGGUAGAGAAUCGCCGGCGGGGGUGUUGGCAAUCAGAGAUUCGGUACCAGUAGAUUGAAAGAUGGAAGGUUGCAGGGGUAAAAUAGGAAAGUCAAAACAAAUUUUAUCACACACUAAUAUGUGUGCCCGGUCAAACCGGGAAGUUCUUUUUUAGACGGAGGGAGUAUUUAAGUGCCAUUUUUUUAAUGAAAGACUAUCAAGAGAACAGGUUUCCAUUACAAAGUGCGACAUAUGUAAUUUGAACUUAUUGAUGAUUAAUUUAGAAAAACACUUCAUUAGGGAGAAGUUUAAUUUUUUUUUGAAGUCUCAUUUUUUAUAUAUGUGGCUCUAAACAUUGGGACAAAGAACGCGAGACAAUAAAAAGACUAGCAAAAAUAAUGGAGGGAAAGCAAUAGGAAGGAUGUUUUAACACAAACACAAACAAAAAAAAAAGAUCCAUCCAACCGCCAUUGUUCUCUCUCCCUCCAAGACCCCAUCCUCCCUCCCACCGCCUCAUUUUCCAAAGAAUUGGAGUGGGGGUUGAUUGUUUCUGGAAUUUCUGCGAUUCAUCUUCAACAAUCCAUCAUAUGAUUGAUGAAUAUGUAAACCCCCUUGUCAUUGCUUCGAUUGGAUUUUCGAUUUUGAACUUGCCUGUUUUAAUCAAUUGAUUUGGGAGAUGGUGAAGAAAUGGAUCAAUUGGGGAAGUAUUCGCAUAGUCCGGCUCAUUUGGCGGUGGCGAGGCGAGAUCAUGCCGCUUUAGAGGAGAUCGUUUCAGCUCUGCCGCGGCUGGCCAAGGCCGGCGCCGUGAACACGGAGGCGGAGUCUCUGGCGGCCGAGAACGACGCCGACGCGGUAUCCGCCGUGAUCGACAGGCGGGAUGUCCACGGCCGCGAGACUCCCUUGCACCUCGCGGUCAGGCUGCGAGACGCGAUUUCCGCGGAGAUUCUGAUGUCCGCCGGCGCCGAUUGGAGUCUCCAGAACGAGAAGGGGUGGAGCGCCCUUCAGGAGGCGGUCUGUUUGCGGGAGGAGAACAUCGCGAAGAUCAUCGUGAGGCAUUAUCAGCCCCUCGCUUGGGCCAAGUGGUGCCGCCGGCUUCCCAGGAUCGUCGCGUCCGCCUCCCGGAUCCGCGAUUUCUACAUGGAGAUGACCUUCCAUUUCGAGAGCUCCGUUCUGCCGUUCAUCGGGAAAACCGCGCCGUCCGACACCUACCGGAUCUGGAAAAGGGGAUCUAACCUCCGCGCCGACAUGACGCUCGCCGGAUUCGACGGCCUCCACAUCCAGCGCUCUGAUCAAACCAUCCUCUUCCUCGGGGAAGGGUCCGAGGACGAAAUUACCUCCCUGCCCCCGGGUUCAUUGCUCGUGAUGUCUCACAGAGAAAAGGAGAUAACGAACGCCCUGGAAGGGGCAGGGGCGGAACCCACCGAGUCAGAAGUCCCCCGUGAAGUGGCGUUGAUGUGCAAGACGAACAUGUACCGCCCGGGCAUAGACGUGACUCGGUCAAAACUCGUCCCCCACUCCAACUGGAUGAGGCGGCGCGAGAAGACCGAAAUGGUCGGCGCCUGGAAAGCCAGAGCCUACGACAUGCUCCACGUGAUUGCCAGCGUGAAGUCGCGGCGGGUCCCCGGCGGGAUGACGGACGAGGAGCUCUUCUCGGCGGGCGACGACGGAGACUGCGACGUUCUGACGGCGGAGGAGAGAGUGCAGUUAGAAGAUGCCCUCCGCGGAGGGAAUUCAGAUGAUAUUCUCGAGUACGAAGAGGAUGGCAAUGAUUAUAAUAAUCACAAUGAUUGUACUAGUAACAAUAAGGAAAAGAAGAGUUGGUUUGGUUGGAGUGACAGGAGAAAUUCAUCAAAGCAACAUAUGGCCAAGGAAGAUGAGAAGAAGAAGAAGAAAGAAGAGGGCGAUGAUAACAAGAGCAAAAAGAAGAACAAAGGGUCGUCUUCUUCGUCGAGUGAGAGCGAGUAUAAGAAGGGGCUGAGGCCGGUUUUGUGGCUGACUUCCGAUUUCCCAUUGAGAACAGAUGAAUUACUGCCCUUACUUGACAUAUUGGCCAACAAGGUUAAAGCUGUGAGAAGAUUGAGGGAGCUUUUGACCACCAAGCUGCCGCCGGGCACAUUUCCGGUCAAGAUUGCUGUCCCGAUUGUACCGACCAUCCGAGUAGUUACCUUUACAAAGUUUGAGGAGCUUCAGCCAUUGGAAGAGUUCUCAACGCCUCCGUCAAGUCCCACAAACUUCCAAGAUGCCAAGUCCACGGAACCAGCAGGCCCCGACAGCACAUGGACUUCGUGGUUUCAGGUCGGGAGUCGGGGUGAUCAGAGCGAAAGUUGGUGCUGCUCUCAGAUUGAUCAGAUUGACCCCUUCCAAAUCCCACCGGAUUACACCUGGGUUGACUCCAGUGAGAAGAAACGCCGAAGAAAAGCCACUAAGAAAGCCAAGUUGAAGAAACUCAAGAAACACAAUCCCUCAACUAAUGGUUAAAAUCGCUUCUCAACCGUUAAGGCCCGUUUGGUUAGAGGUAUGUGACUGAAGUGACCGAAUCUUCUUUUUUUUCAAAAAGGAAAAGUGGCGGGUAACGUCUAUUUCGGCCAUAGUACAGAAAGCUAGCGGCGUACAGCCAAACGCAGCCUUGAUAACUGAAUUCUCUACUUACCACUGUGUAAAUAUGCAUAUAUGCUCCUUUCAUAGUUAACAGCUAAUCAUGAUCCAAUAAAAAUUGGGAUAACAA